AUGGUAAUGAUGAUGCGCUACGUGCUGUGUAUCCUCGCUCUCCUGCUCUCAUGUGCGUGUGUGCACGUCCUCGCUGAAGAAGUGCCUGCCGCCGAUCUUUCCGACCAAGUCCCUGAUACGGAGAGUGAGACAAAGUGCCCUGAUCCUUCUGAAGCUCAUAAGCCAUGUGUGCAAAAGCCCGAAGUUCCUCCUGUUACUGUACCUGAGGCUCCAAAAGAAGUUGUUCCUGAGAAAAAAGUACCUGUCACUCCUCCUAAAAAACCUGAAGUUCCUUCUGUUACUGUACCUGAGGCUCCAAAAGAAGUUGUUCCUGAGAAAAAAGUCCCUGGUGCUGAUGAUGUCAAUUGCCCUGAAGGUACUCAGCGUACUGAAGGUAAGACAUGUCCUCAAUCUGAAGUUCCUAAAGAAGUUGUUCCUGAGGAAAAAGUGCCAGUUCCUCCACCUGCUAGGGAACAGGAAGUUCCUGAAGACCCAGAAUCUGGGAGCAGCAGCAACAGUGCACCAGGUGACAUUGAAGCAACACAACAGCAACAACAACAAGACCAAACAGCUGAUAAUGUCUCUGCAGGUGCAGGUCAAAGUGGAAGUGGAGCAGGACAACAAUCAUCACCGUCUACCAUUACUUCUGACACUGGGAGUGAUGCUGCAAACGCUGGGAAUGACAGUACAACAACGGGGAGUGAAUCAACAGGUACCCAAGAAGGUGCUGCAGAUAAUACAGAAACCUCCACCAACACCACCACAACAACAACAACAACAACACUUCCUCCUGAAGUCACAAACAACAAGAAGGGUGAUGCAGACAGCAGCAGUAGUAUCAGCAGUUCUGUGUGGGUGCGUGUACCACUACUGAUUGUGGUUACACUGGCCUGUAUUCUUGUGUGCUGA